GAUAGCAGUAGAGUCACACUGUGAAUACAUCUGAAGGAUGCUUUGAAGGCAGCUCUGUUUCGUGCCCUUCAUUUGGCAACUUUUAAAGGAUGAACGAGCUGUGGGAGCAUCAACCCCUGAAUUGGGAUCCGUCCAUGGCUCCUUCUUCACAGCCUUGGCUAUCUCAAGACUCAAUGCGGGCCUGUGAUGUACGGGUAUUUUGAAAUAACCAUUCAGAACUGUAGUUGAAUAAAAAAAAUUAGCAAAUUUAAAAGUUUAUUGGCUGUUGAAAAUGAUGAGAUUUGUUAACAGCAGGAUGAAUGAAUGAAGUGUUGAGCGUCUUCUCUCUCCAGUACAGCAGGAGGCGCUGCAGCUCUUUAGUACACAAAUAAACUCACUAAAGAAAGAGAGCGGGCUGUUGUUUUUUUUGUAUCCUCGUUGUUUUUCUCUCUUGAGUGUUUUAUUGAGAGUAAACAGAGUCUUGUCUCUGUGUAUUUUAGUGUUGAUGAUGAGAUGGAUGUGAUGUGCUGUAAAUCAGUAGGAACUGAUCUGUCUAUGCUGGAUAUUGAUGAUUUUAUCACAGAAAUCUCUCAGCUGAAGAAAGAGGUGGCGUUACUGGAGAUAAAGCUGAGGUUAAGAGGAGAUGAAGGAUUGAAUAGAGAGGAUGGGGUUUGUUGUGAAUCUUCAGGGUAUGUGACUGUUUGGAGCUCCAGUGAAUGUCUGGAUUCAGUGUGGAUGAGCAGAGAUCAGAGCCGCACACCACAGUCACUGCUGGAUAAACUCUCUGAAGAGACAUCCAGACACACACAGUACUCAGAUCUCAGUCUGUCUUUACUCUCUUAUACUGAGUCAAAGCCCACAGACACUCAGGACACUACAGUGUGUGACAGUAAACAGAGCUUACAGGAGGAUCAAACCUCCACAGAGUCUCUGGAUUCUGUCUGUAACGCUGGAGAACAGCAGCAGAUCCUGCAGACCAAACUCAAGAUGUCUUCAGUUAAACCGAUGGACAGUGGGAACCUAAUGAUGAAGAUGAGAAAAGAAACUACAGCAGAUGAAGAUCACACUGAGGAAGAUGAUGACAAUCAUGAUGAUUUUAUUCCUUCAGAUAAGAUCAGUGAUUCGUGUUUGGAUGGAGAAAUAACGUCUUUAUCAUCAAAAGAGCGACAGACGGCACAAACUCUUUCCUGCAUCACCGAUGGAGAGACAUUGAGCUCACCGAGACAUUUAGAUAGAAAUGCAGAACAAAAACUCUUGACCUCCACCAGAUCUGAGAUCAGCUUCACUACCUUACAAAAAUAUAAAAGUCAUCACUCAAAAGUGCACAGAGAGAAGAAGAAGAAGCACUUUCACUGUCAGCAGUGUGGGAGGGAUUUUGGCUACUUAUAUCAGCUAAAAGUUCACAUGAGGACACACAGUGGUGAAAAGUCUUUCUACUGCACUGAAUGUGGCAAAUAUUUCAGCACCAAACAACAUCUUGAUAUUCAUCAGAGAAUUCACACAGGAGAAAAACCAUACGAGUGUCCUCACUGUGAGAAGAGAUUCAGCCGAAACCAUCAUCUGAAGUCACAUAUGCUUAUACACACCAAUGAAAGACCGUAUCAGUGCAGUCAAUGUGACAAAACCUUUAAGAAUUCAGGUUCACUAAAAAAACAUCAGAAUGUUCACUCUGAGGAGAAACGCUAUCAGUGUUCACACUGUGAUAAAUGUUUCGGUCAAAAAUUUAGUCUGAUAAUCCAUGAGAGAGUUCACACUGGAGAAAAACCUUACUUCUGCUCUCACUGUGGAAAGAGCUUCUCUGAUCCAAGUAGUUUUAGAGUUCAUCAGAGAGUUCAUACAGGAGAGAAACCAUACGAGUGUCCUCACUGUGAGAAGAGAUUCAGACAAAACCAGCAUCUGAGGACACAUUUGUAUAUACACACCAAUGAAAGACCGUAUCAGUGCAGUGAAUGUGACAAAACCUAUAGGGAUUUAAGUUCAUUAAAAAAACAUCAGAAUAUUCACUCUGAGGAGAAACGCUAUCAGUGUUCACACUGUGAUAAAGGUUUCAGUCUGAAAUAUAAUCUGAUUAUCCAUGAGAGAGUUCACACUGGAGAAAAACCUUACGUCUGCUCUCACUGUGGAAAGAGCUUCUCUCAUCUGAAUAGUUUUAAAGCUCAUCAGAGAAUUCAUACAGGAGAGAAACCUUACGUCUGCUCUCACUGUGGUAAGAGAUUUAAAAAUUCAACUGAGCUCAGAGUUCAUCAGAGAGUUCACACUGGAGAGAAACCUCAUCACUGUACUGUUUGUGGAAAGAGUUUCUGUCAUAAAUCUAGUCUGAUAAUCCAUGAGAGAGUUCACACUGGAGAAAAACCUUACGUCUGCUCUCGCUGUGAAAAGAGCUUCUCUGAUUCAAGUACUUUUAAAGCUCAUCAGAGAAUUCAUACUGGAGAGAAACCUCAUCACUGUACUGUUUGUGGGAAGAGUUUCAGCAAAAAAUGUAAUCUAAAGAAACAUGUGCGUAUACACACCAAUGAGACCAUAUCAGGUUUUAGUGAGACACCAUAGAACAGUGGUUCCCAACCUUUUUAGCCUUAAGUACCCCCACAGCCCUAUCAGUAAGGCCCAAGUACCCCUUCAUCGAAACUAAACCGAAGUUGUGUUUUAAAGACAAAUAAUUAGUAAUAUUAAUUAAUUAAUUAGUUUUAAACAUUAAAGUAAAAAGCACUGACUGAUGAAGCAUGUUUAUUUCAACAAGCCACUAUCAUUGCGAUCAGUGUUUGCAUUUUAUCAGCUCAUUUGCAUUUUAAAAGACACACCCAAAAAUGGCACAUUUUGCUCAGGCCUACAAAAUGUCAAUUUUGACAUGCUAUAAUUAAUUAUCUGUAGUGUGUUUUGAGAUAAAACUUCACAUAUGGACUCUGGGAACGCCAAAGACUUAUUUUACAAAUUAAAAAAAUUUCAUCAUAUGACCCCUUUAAGGGCCAGAUUUACUAACAGCUUGCGCAAACCAUCAUUUUGGCAUUAAAUAACGAGUGAACUUACUAAAGACACGUAGUAGAUAUUUAGCUCUGAAAAGGUGCUAUUUUUGCGACCUUAUUGCAUGUGCAUUUGUAGAAGUUUUCCUUUUAGAAGCAACAUUAAUGCGAGGAGAGUAUUAAAUUUUGCCAGAGGAACAUACUUUAAAAAAACUAUAUAGUUUGCCAAGCCAUGCUAUGUUUAAUUUGCUGGAGAAAAGAGGAGUAGAAGUCACGAGAAGUCAAAUCAGGUAUUUCAAAACGUAUUUUACCCUUCAUCUUUUGUCCUCCGGUUCUUAGUGUACUUUUACUUAGCUGGAAUUUCACACUCCGCAGUCCACAUUUUCAUUGCGAUGUCCUGCCGAGGUCUCUUAUUUGCGACCCUGUACUAAUUUGCGCUGCUAGUAGAUUGCAAUGGUCAUUAUAGAAAUGUGCUUAUGUCAUUAUGGUGCCUGUGUAUUUUAUUUGCGCCUUUGUAGUAAAUCACGCGCAAAUUUUCCACUCCGUCGCUUAUUUGGAAUUCUCACGUCCUUUUUAGAAAAUGCCCUAAAUUUACUAAAAUCUCAAUUUAAGUUACUAAUAAUUAAAGUGUGAGAAUAAGUUAAAUUAUUCGGUUCAAAUAUAAAGAGAAACAAAUGUGUUAAGACAUUCUCUAUAAAUACAAAAGACAACAUACACUCUCAGAAAUAAAAGCACGUAAUUGUACCUUUAGGGGUACAAUGGCUUGUCACUGGGGC